UCGGCGGGACACUAUAUUUUUACUCGGACGGGCUCUUUAGUAAAUGGCGGACUGAGUAAUAGGUGAUUGCUCCAGAAGCUCUGGCCCUCUAUUCGUUCCGCCGUCCGUCCAGCCAACAUGUCUCGAUUUGGAGCAAAGAAAGGCAGGAAGCUCCCCGGUGCAGAAUUUACCUGGGAGGCCGAUCCUGGCGGGGAAGCAGACACAGCGCCUACGCCUCUUUUUCCCAGAUAUAAUGUUCCCCGCGCGAGACUUUUGAACCCUCGCGAACAGAAACAGGUCGAUUUCUACCGAGCUUUGCGGGAUCGCUUCCAUGACGGGCCCUACUACUCCGUCCUCCAAUCGACCUCAGUCACAGCAAGAAAAGAUGAGGCUACUCGUGCGCACUUUGACCCUUUCCACGGAAUGCCUACGUAUUCGGGCAAGUACCAGAAGCAGAAGCGGGACCGGCCGGAGUUGAAAGGACGUCCGUAUGUUAUGAAAUUCUUCCCUCGCCAGCUGUGGAAGACGAUCCAGCCGAACUUCAAUCCCUCGGUCGCAAUGGAUGGAUACGUGCCACAGGGACCUCGCAUCGGAGUGAAAAGGGGGUUUGAGGAUGAGGAAGAAGAACAGGAUGUCGAGGAGACCAAGCGUAGAAGGGGCGUCGACGAAGAUGAGGACGCUGAGCGGGAUGAGCGAGAAGAGCGGGAAGAAGAGGUGGAUGUGUUGGACCCGGAUGAGGAUCAGGAGGAAGAGAUCGUCGACAACGACUUUGAGGAUGAUGAUGAUGAAAUGGGCGGUGACUACAAUGCGGAACAGUACUUCGAUGCUGGCGACGAUGAAUACGGAGAUGACGGAUUCGCAGACGGCGGAGGCGGAGGUGGAGAUGAAGACACCUACUGAGGCUGAGGAACAAUUGUUGAGAUACCCCAUCUUGUUUAGUUUCUAUAUUCUAGGGAGCAGCGCAUGGUCAAGCGUAUGGCAGGCUGCUUAAAAUUGUCAUAAGAUAUACG